GUCCUCCCGUUCUCAUCGCGCGCAUGCGCGGCUCAGGGAGUGCGCAGCAUGACGAUCGCAGCACCACCUGUCAGUGUCCAUCAGUGCCAGCUAUCAGUGCUCAUCCAUGCCACCUGCCAGUGCCCACCAGUGCCACAUCAAUGCCACAUAUCAGUGCCCAUCUGAGCUGCCUUUCAGUGUCAGCCAUCACUGCCAGUGAGUGCCACCUAUCAAUGCCAGUCAGUGCCACCUAUCAGUGCCAAUUAUAAGUGCCAGUCAGUGCCGCCUAACAGUGCCACCUACCAAUGCCAACUAUAAGUGCCAGUCAGUGCCGCCUACCAGUGCCGCCUAUCAGUGUCAUAUAUGAGUGUUGCCUUUCAGUGCCCAUCAGUGCCACCUAUCAGUGUCCAUCAGUG